AUGGAGCAGCCUCCGAGCCUCGCCACGAGUGCGAGCCCGCCGCAUUUCCGCCAGCCCGCUGCCUCGAGUGCUUGCGGGCCUUCGCUCCGCAUGCCCGACCCACGGGAUCCCCAGCCCUUCGGCAAGCGGAAGGCCGACGGAGCAGUGGAUGCUCCUGACAAGCGGCGCCGCGUUGCUGUGCCCGACCACCUUGCCAACAUUCUCCCGCCUGUCGCAGGCCUGCCUGGGCACAUCUGGCAGAAUGUUUUUCUUUACCUCCCUCCCGUUUCUCUCGGUCGACUGUUGCAGGUCAACCGCGCUUUCCAUACUCUCCUCACCCGCGUUGAUGAACCCGACCAAGGUUCACAUCCCCUUUCUCCCUCGCUGUCCAUCGUCAGCUCUGAGUCCAUCUGGUCCUCCGCGCGCAAGACGUACUUUCCUACCAUUCCCCGGCCACUGCUCGGUCAAUCUGAGCUGAGCAUGUGGCGCUUGCUGAAAGGCCGACGCUGUCAGUUCUGUGGCAAGAGCCAACACUCCGAGCCGCACCCUGCCAGUACGUGGGAGGGAGGCCCGGGGACUGAUGGCGUUCGUGUCAUUUGGUCCUUUGGCAUACGCUCGUGCGGGAGAUGCUUGGAAGAGCGCUCACAACCGGAGAAAAAUCUGCUUUUCACUGUCUCCUCUACCGCUCUUCUCGCGGCUUUGCCUUGCCUCUUCGUCACGCAGAGUCUGCAUGCCAUCGCCUCGAGCACAUUGAGUUCUACUUCCAUCCCACCCACCGUCACCUUGUACAAGUGGUACUAUAGAGCACACGUGCAAGACAUCACCCGUCAGUUCGAGGAAGUACGGGUACUUGGGCCUGCUGCUGGCGAGGAGUGGUUCAAAGGGCUUGAGGAUAUGGGUCGAAGGAGGAUUGCAGACGCAGAGCGAUGGGAGAGAUGGGAGCGCAAAGGCGGUUUCCACGACCUGUGUCUACCUAAAAGACAAACAGUGUCACCUCCGACCAUCGCCUCCAGCAGUCAGCAGCCACCGACCGCUACAUAUACGUUCUCCAGACAACUGCCGAUGAACGGUGUCCCACGAGCUGGUGAGUUGGCCCCUCUCGACCCCUUUGGGCCCAAUCGUGCAUACUGCACGUUGGCAAUGCUUAGUCCGGCAUGCCCGGGAUUUGUUGGACCGUCCACGCACUGCGAGGAUACUGACUGCUGCCCUCUUCAAGUUGCCUCUGCCUCAUGCUCUUCACAAUACCCUGGCACUACAGCAGAGCAGCCAAUGGCACCACAAAGCCUGUCUCCCGGAGCAUCCCAUCUUCGUCCUGAGCGGAGCAUUCGUGAUGCGAACGAAGCCAAAGCCGCCCGCAAGAGUGAGAUUGAACGUCGUUGCCAGGAACUGAAUCCUUCGAUCUCUCCAAACGUGUUGCGACACAUGAAGGCCUUUCAAGCCGCGUGUCAGAUUUCUUCGCCCUUGACCGAAAAGGCGUGGGAAAUGCUUAAGCCUCGGCUAGAAGCUCAGCGGGACGAAGCGGAAAAGGUUGAGCAUGAACGCGCAGCCCAAAUGGCUGCGUUGCAGGUCAAGCUUGAGGACCGGCGUCAGCAGGACGCUAGUAUGAAAGAAGUCCGCGAGGUGCUGGAACGUGAAUGGGAGGAAGUGCAAAGACCGGUCCGCGAAAAACUGGGCGGCUACGCCGACGAGAUUACCAAUCGUGACUGGAUGGAUGGCCGUUCGCUUUCCAAGGACAAUUGCCCACAGUUCGCUGCUGAUCUCUUGAUUGAAAUUCGUAGCCGAUUCUAUGCCGACCUUGCCCUGGAGGACGAAGAUACGCUAGCUGCUGGACAGGAGAUCCGUGAGGACCCUCCUACUGGACCCCCUACCCGGCGAUUGCUUCUGGAGAAUAUGAAAUGGGUAUUUGAUAACAAGAUCAAACCGCUGACCGAACAGUUUCGUAAGGAGCUCUUUCUCUGCAAUGGUGAGGGUUGUGAGGGCAAUCCGAAAUGGUACGGCUUCGAAGGUAUCAUUCAGCACUAUGGCGCCAAGCACACCACUGCUUUCAGUGUUGGCAACGUCGUAGUUUGCUGGAAAGAGGCCGACUGGCCAGAGGAGCCCCCAUUUCAUCCGGACCCUUCCAAGGCCAGAUAUGGAUUCUACAAUGGUUACCCCUCGUCCUCAACGGCCGGCCAAGGCCAAGCAGCCCAGCACGCUUACCCAAACUACUCUUACGGCGGGUAUCCUCAAGGUGCAACUUCCAUGCCGCCAACCAGUUCGCGCACGCCUCAUCCUUUCGCUCAGUCUAGCCCGGGACCUUACGGCCAAUAUGGAGCCACCAAUGGGCCCUUCCCGCCCCCCGCGGCCACUGGUGCUAACUUCUACGGCCCUCGUCAUGGCCCCCCGCAGCCCUACGGCCCACCUCCCGGUUCCAUACCGCCCUACGCAGGCUCUUCGCAAGCGCAAUGGCAUGACAACUCAUACGUUUAUGACAGCUACGCGUCGUUCCAGCCGUCGACAGGGCCUACAUUCGCUCCCCCUGGGUCUAAUUUUGGUCCUCCUAUGCCGGGCUAUGAGGGUCAAUUUGGCCCACAGACAGCUGCAUCCGGAUCCUAUGGACCAUACCGCGGUGGCUCCUCCCACGGAACUCCCCCGGCACCUCCAGCUCCAGAAUCCAGAGGACCCUUGCCAACGAAUGUGUAUCGGGAUCAAUUGAAGGUGCUAACAGAUGUGGCCAGAGACUACUGGACAUCCACAUCCGGAGUCAAAGGCUUGCCUCCGAGUGUGAGGCUCUCUGUGGUAAUUUACCACAUCUUGUACCACUUCAAUCUGCGGUUCGGUAUCGAACCCAGCUUGGAUCUUUUUGCUGAUGCUCUCGAUUCUCAUCACUCUAUGCAUCCUCUCAAUGCUGUUGCUGGUCUUCGUUGUAGAGCUUGUGCGUUGGGAUUUCAUAACCACGCUCCUACUUUCAAUUCUUCUUCUUCUUCCUCCCACUCUUCUGAGAGGAAUUUCUCUACUCUUCUAUCUUUGAUUCUUCAUUUCAAGUCUGAACAUAUGGAAAGAGCAGUGCUCGGAGCACAUGAUGUCAGCCCGGGACCGCAGCUUGAGUGGAAAAAAGACAUGAUCGAGCUUCCCGACGACAGUGUGGUCUCCGCACUUGUCCAAAGUCCUGGAAUGGACGAUCACAAGCUCCGGAUCAUCGCCGAAGCUUUCCCAACACUAUUCCCGUCUCCCCUUCCACACAUAGGUAUUGUGCCCGAUGAACCUGUCGAGAGCGAGAUGCCGGUAGCCAACCCGGCGCGGGAUCCUUCUCCAGCACGGCGCAGGUUCGCAGGUGAUCAUACGGAGCACCGUCAAGAACAACGUCCAGAGCCCACGCCAACACCACGCGCUCGAGCGGCACGUGUCUCUGGCCCUGGUUAUGAAGACUCCCCGGCGGCUCGCUCUCCGAUGGCCCCUCCUACCGCACCUCCCUCGGGUGACGGUGAAUACGACUCUCGCCGCCCCCCUUUCGAACUGGAUGAACAUAGAGCAUCGCGCCGUCCUAUGGAAUAUCCCUACAGCCCCCCUCGGGGCGAUCGUAGGAUGCGGGCAGUGUACUAUGACGAGCCUCGGUAUUACGUUGCACGAGAUUAUGAAGACCAUGGUUACCCAAGCCGUCGCCCCGAUAACUACGUCCCUCUCAGCCCUGCCGCCUCACGGCGCUAUUCCUACUAUGGCCGCGUGUACGAGGAAACCUGGGAUCGACCUAGGCGAGAGGAGCGGCACGCUUCCGAACGGGACACUGAGACACAAGAGCGUGUUCCCACGCGCGCUGGACUGCGAUACCUCGACCGCCCAGAGCUCAGCACUGCUCCUUCGCCAAUCAAUGCAGUCCGCCCAGAAUCCCGUCAGGGAAACAACGAGAACCACGAUGACAGUAGCGUCAAACAGGAGCCGCGCAGUCCUAUGCCGCCUGACGUGGAGGCAGCUGCAGAUCGAUUCCUGGACGACCUGGCCACCGGAGAGCGGGUACGCGAGUACGUGUCCCGAGCUGCUCGUGAUGAAGAGGAGAUGGAAAAUGUGGAAAACAGGACGCGGCAGCAUUCGCGAGCCCCGAACGAACCACCAAACCGUCCGGAUGAGGCCGCGGGCGCACGCGCAUCACGAGCAAACUCGGUACGAGGCAAUGGUGGGCGAUCGACAGCUGAGCCAGAGCCUUCCAUGCGUCGUUACUCUCAAGGGCCAAGACACCACAGAGAUGAGGAUUUUGGUUCGAUGCGGCGUCGGGAGUCGGAGUCACGUCGCUACACUUAUGCACCCUCCCGCUACCGCCGAGUGAGCAUGUACCACGAUGAGCCCUAUCAUUACGGUCAUCGUCUCGUGCCUCCACGUAGUAGUAGGUACGGACGGUACGAGGCAGCUCGUCGCCAGCUGGAACAAUCAAAGUCGCCAACAAGGGAGGGAACAAGCAUUCCUGAGCAGAGGCAGCGAUCAGAGCGCCGCAGCCCCGAGCCGCCAGUGUACGACGCGCGUUACGAACCACAUUACCCGGCUCACCCGCCGUCGCGAGACUAUGUGCAGUACGACGACCGAGAUCGCUACUCACCCGGCCCUCCGCCGGGUUAUCGCUAUGCCGAGGCACCUCCUCCACCUCCAGCUUACGUCAACGAAUACGGCGAGGUGGUCGAGUACGUCCGCAUCGACGACCCAUAUCAUGAUCACAGAUACAUCCAGGGGCCGCCUUCGGAUGGGCAUAGGCGUUACGUUGAGUACCUACCGUACGAACGUCAGCGGAGGUAUGAGCCUGUCCAUGACGAUAGGCAUUACGUCUACUAUCCUGAGCGAAGGCCUUACUAUGCUGAUCAUGAGGCACAUCCUUACCACUCGGGACGCGAGGGCCGUGAUUACGAAGUGGGUUCUUCUGUCCCGCCGCUAGCACAGGCGCCAGGCCCAACGCCCAGAGAGCGAGACGGGGAGAGAAGGAGGGAAAGUGCAUUCACGGAAGAUGCGGCUUAA